AUGAUUCUUACAGUAUGGAAUAUUAGGGGUCUUAAUGACCCCUGUAAAGUGGCUGAUGUAAAACAGCUACUUGAUAGAACUGCUAUUAAAGUUCUUUGUCUGCUGGAAACUAAAGUUAAACAAGAAAAGUGUUGUAUAAUCCAGAAAAAGAUUGCUCAUGGCCUGAAUUGGGUAUGUAAUUAUUCUGUUUCUGGUAACGGUAGGAUUUGGCUUGGUUGGAGAAGUGACAGGGUGCAUGUUGAGGUAAUCACUAUACACCCUCAAUUUAUUCACUGUAUUGUUAGUAACCUUGAUUAUAGUAGUCAGGUUGCUGUGUCUUUUGUUUAUGGGUUACACACUAUUCAUGAUAGAAAGGAACUGUGGAGAGGCAUUAGGGCUGUUGGACUUGUGACUAUUCCUUGGCUUUGUACUGGUGACUUCAAUUCUGUUUUACACCAUGCUGAUAGAAUUAAUGGCUCUGAGAUUACAGAUUAUGAAGUCAGGGAUUUCAGAGAUUUUAUUGAUCAAUUGAAUUUUGUUGAGAUCAAAAGUAAGGGGUCUUUUUUUUCCUGGUCUAAUAAAGCUCAUAUUGGCCCCAGAACUCAGACUAGAAUAGAUAGAGGGCUGGUCAACUUUGAGUGGUUGCAUCAAUUCCCAAAUGUUGAGGCUGUUUACCUUCCUCCCUCCCUCUCUGAUCAUGCCCCCCUUUUUUAUGAGAUUCUCCCUCCUGAUGUGGGGGCUCAAGGUAAUUCUAUGUGUAGGAUCUGGAUGAAGCUUAAGAGUUUGAAGGCUAAGCUCAAAGAUCUCAAUGCCAAACAUUUUAGCAAUAUUGAUCUGAGGGUUGACUUAGCUCAACAGGUUGUUCUUGAUAUUCAAACUCAAUUAAAUACUGAUUUUCAGUCCUCUGAUCUGUUAGCUCAGGGACUGCUGCCAUUCAGCAGCUUAAAUACUGGAGCUCUCCAAAACCUUGAAGCUCUUGACUUAGUUACUGUGAGAGCUGGUAGACAGCUUACUAGAGAGGCUCAAAACUUGCUGAUUAGUCCUGUGACUGAUGCUGAGAUUGAUUCUGCAAUCAAUGGCAUCUCUGAUGACAAAGCGCCUGGGGUAGAUGGUUUUAAUUCCAGAUUCUUCAAGCAUAGUUGGGAUAUAGUCAAGUUUGAGGUGUAUGAAGCUGUUCAUGAGUUCUUUGAUAAGGGCUCUUUAUACCCUCAGUGGAAUUGCACAACUUUGACUUUAGUGCCUAAAGUUCAAAACCCUUCUUUUGUGAAGGAUUUCAGGCCAAUUGCUUGUUGUACUGUUUUAUAUAAGACCAUUUCUAAGGUCUUAACUGCUAGAAUUGCUCGGGUUAUUGGUGAGGUUGUUGAUGAAGCUCAAGCUGGUUUCAUCCCUGGUAAGCAUAUUGGGGAUAAUAUUCUUUUGGCUACUGAGCUAAUUAAAGGCUAUAAUCACAGGCAUAUUACUCCAAGGUGUAUGAUCAAGGUUGACCUGAAGAAAGCCUAUGACUCCAUUGAAUGGAGCUUUCUUAGGUCAGUCAUGUGUGAGCUUGGCUUUCCUACUGUGUUUAUUAAUUGGAUCAUGGAGUGCAUUUCUUCUAUUUCUUUCUCUAUCUUGAUUAAUGGCUCUCCAACUGCUCCUUUCAAAGCUAAGAAAGGGCUUAGGCAAGGUGACCCUAUGUCCCCUUUCCUUUUUGCUAUUAGGAUGGAAUACCUGUCCAGGUGCUUGCAUGAUCUUGCUAAAAUUCCUAACUUCAACUUUCAUCCUAGAUGUGAGAAGCUUCUGCUCACUCAUUUGAUGUUUGUUGAUGAUCUCCUAUUAUUUUCUAGAGCUGAUGAAUGUUCUAUUAAGUUACUGUUUCAAGCUUUUCAGAAAUUCUCUAAAGCUUCUGGCCUUGUGGCUAACCUUAGUAAAAGUGAGGUGUAUUUUGGGGGUAUAACUACUGAAUUACAGAAGGAUUUCCUUGACUGUUUGGGUAUGACUGCAGGUUCUCUCCCUUUUAAGUAUCUUGGGGUGCCUCUCUCCUCCAUGAAGUUAACUAUCCAACAGUGCAAGCCCCUGUACUUUUGGUUCCCUGCACUUUUGAGCAAACAAUCCACAAGCUUGUCAAGCAUACAUUCUAAAUUUCUAAUGCACCACUUUCGCACAAAAAGAAUCACCGCCAAAAAGAAUAAAAAAAACCAUCAUACAACAGAGUGGCAUAACUCAGCUGCGCAUCAACAUCUACUUACUAAAUAUCCAAGAAUUUGA